AUGGCGGGGGAUUUCGUGAAAAUCGGAAUACCGCAGCAGAAGUCUGUCGGGAGCUUCCUCUUCCCGGCGGUGCUGGCGCCGAAUCCCUCUGUGGAGCUCGAUCUGCGGAGAUUCACGGAGGCGGUAAGGGAGCAGAAGCUCCGGGUGGAGGAGAUGCUCCGGUCGACUGGAGCCAUCCUACUAAGGGGCUUCCCGGUGCGGACGGCGUCGGAUUUCAACGAGGCGGUGGAGGCGUUCGGGUACGAGGAACUGCCGUACGUCGGUGGCGCAGCGCCGCGGACCAACGUCGUCGGCAGGGUUUUCACCGCCAACGAGUCUCCGCCCGAUCAGAAGAUCCCCUUCCACCAUGAGAUGUCCCAGGUGAGCAACACUCUCUCCUCCACGGGUGGGUCCAGAAAAUUAUUCUCAGGUUUUAGGUCAUAAUUGCCGGCGACUUGAUGAUGUCUCCUCCUCCUGCAGGUUCCGGAGUUUCCCUCGAAGCUGUUCUUCUUCUGCGAGGAAGAGCCGGGAAGUGGCGGGGAAACCCCCAUCGUCCUCAGCCAUCGAAUCUAUGAACGCAUGAGAGAGAAGUACCCCGACUUCGUCGACAGACUUGAGAAAUAUGGCUUGAUCUACAUCCGAGUCCUGGGGGCCGAAGACGAUCCUUCUUCGCCAAUAGGCCGCGGCUGGCAAUCGACAUUCUUGACCAAAGAUAGAAAUAUUGCCGAGGAAAGGUCUGCUCUGAUGCCCGCCAUUAAUGAUGUUUUCUCUGUGCUAUAAUUUCCACGUUCAGACAGCCGUCUGGUCAUGUGGUGACAUGCCCGUCAUCUUUCGUGCACCUAACACCUUCAGCAUCCCAGGAUAGGGAAGAACCAACCAUCUGCAACAUCGGGCAAACAUCCUCGUCUGUCGGGAUUCUGAUAUUAUCAUUUAGUUUCAAAAAAUUGCCGUAUUACUCUGCAACCGAUCCGAGGAAAAUGACGAUGUGCCGGCCAUUUUUGGAUUACUGGUUUUGACAUGACAGACAUUCUUUUCAGAUAAACAUACCUUCUGUUUUCCUGUGACUGCACAAAAAAUCACAGGUGGAGAGGGGAGAGCCCCCUACAUGGAAUUAUAAGAUGCCCAGUAGCACUUGUAAUUAUUUCCUGUGCUAUUUACCCAUUUCAUAUCUGUUAGAAAAAAGGGAAAGAAUCAUGUGGAAUUUACAAGAGUCCAAUACCAGGAUUGGUUUGGAUUAAUGCCCUGUUCUGGAUCAUGAAGCUGCCAUCACCUGCAACCUUCAGAAAAUAUUAGAUCUUCUGAGCCAAUUUUUUUGGUCUUCUUGGGUAUUUGUCUGGAGCAUGGUUGGCAGACGGCAACCAGUUUUCGCAAGAAAUGGGGAGAAUUUUCACAAUCCAAACCAUUUUUCGAAAAAAGAUAAACUUCACAUUACUUACAGAUGCGCGAUGAUCUCUAGGGACCCAUUUUUUCUUACUUGAAAAGAUGGCGAGCCGGUAAGUUGCAGACUUGCAGACUUGUUUUUUCUCUCUCUCCUCUGUCUCUCUCUCUCUUUCUCUCUCUCUCUGUGAGGAGGUUCAUGCCUGCCCAUCAUGUCUUUCAGUCCCUUUUUCCCAGUCUCUUUUGUUCUGUGCCAGCCAGGCGGGCCAUGAGGUUGACUUAUUGAUCACCGAAUGCGGCAGGGCAAGGCGGCUGGGGAUGAAGCUGGAAUGGACGGCGGAGGGGGUGAAGACAAUAAUGGGGCCAAUCCCAGCCGUGAAGGUCGACGCCUCGAGGGAGCGCAAGGUCUGGUUCAACAGCAUGGUCGCCGCCUACACCGGCUGGAAGGACUCCCGCAACGACCCCGUGAAGGCCGUCACCUUCGGGGACGGGUCGCCAUUGCCGCCUCAAAUCAUCGACGACUGCCUGAGAAUACUCGAAGAGGAGUGCGUUGCCGUGCCUUGGCAGCAGGGGGACGUGCUCCUGCUGGAUAACCUGGCCGUGCUUCACGCCCGUAGAUCAUUCCACCCCCCUCGCCGCAUCCUGGCUUCUCUCUGUAAAUAA